GUUCACGGUUGCACUCGUAAGUUAUACUGAUGCAGCUCCUGCAACGCUUCGUACUUCAGCAAACGUCUCUACUUCUCGAAACACAAAGUCCAUACCAGUCGCGCGACCCUACUAGAACAAGCCCUUUUCAAACCUUCAGCAAACGGCCGCAAAGCCAUGCCGCCGCACUACAUUCUCGCCCGCCGCGUCCUGAACAACCUCGACUCAACUGCUGCAGCGAAACCACAAACUUCGUCACUCGGCGACCAAUUCCCUUCGCCGGCCGAGCGUAUGACACCCAUUCCCUUUGGAACUUCUGGCGCACUCGGAAUGUCACCAACAAGUCUCCUAGCCUCCGCACAGCAAGCUCGCUAUCCGCUUGCCUCAACCACCACCAUCCCAGGCACAACAGCUUCUUCAGAAGUCUGGCCGGACCUCUUCCCAGAUGUGCCAGAUUUCUUGUCCUACUGCCUCGCAGGCGGGCUUGGAUUCGGAGUAGUCACAGCAAUUUGCUUGUUGAUGAUUAUGUACUGGCCGCGAAGACCAUCUUCUCAUCCCCAGUCCGCCGGGGAAGGAAAGUCGAAAGGCAUAUAUCGCGCAGUACCGCAAGGAGACCUGGAACUGCAGGAUCUUGCUUCUUCCUUCUCUUCGUCCACUUCUCAUCGUCACGCCCAUUCAAUUGAACAGCACACUGAGAAGGAGAUGCUGUUGCGGCAGAGAAAAAAGGAGCUAAUGAAGAAGACCCUGCGAGUCGAUACGACAGGCGAAUAUCGUGGAUUGGGUAUUGUCGUGCCGCGUGAGGAAGUGGAUGCGCCCCUUUGCGAAGAGGCGCCUGAUGAGGAAAAGCUGGCAGAAGGGCAGCAUUGGAAGGUACCGCCGAGAGGUCGUGGUGAAGUCCCAUGUGCGCCAACGAUACAAAUCCAUGCACCAGUAAAAUCAACACGCAAGCCUCCUACUUCAAGUCAAGAAGCACCAGACUCCGACAAAAAUCAACUUCUCAAUAACACGCCACCUUUUGAUCUUCACCAUCACCACUCCCACCACGACCUCGAAACCGGCAUGCUACACGACGCAACUCAGCUCGGGAGCUCAUUUGCCCCAUCCUCCUUCUUCGCCCGCGGCAGAACUUACUACUCCAAUCCCGCCUCCCGGUCUCCCUCCGCCUGCUCGUCCUCUGGCAGCUCAGCACCGAUCAGCAGGGCCAACUCAACACUCAACCUGCUGCUCGAAAAAGGAGAAGAUGCGAUCGAUUUUGCUGCCCGCAAAUUGGCGAAGAUGAUGUGCGACCAGGUCAAUCGGGAUAGAGAUGUGGAAGCGGAUCUGCUAUUGCCUGUGAGAGCGGAGGAGAGGGGAUGAGGAGGAUCCAAUUGGUGGUGGAACAGAUCGGAAGGAAGAGCUUUGUUGUGGCCGAUCGCUGAAGGCAUGCGAGCGACUUGUGCAGCCACGCCGCGAUAUCUGAUACCUUGAUGUUCGUCUUCAUUGCUGGGAGUUCCUCUUUUGCCCAGCUCCAAAAGUUUUCUCACAUAUCCAAUGAGCCGUA